AUGAGCGCCCCGGCGUUUGCUACCCCCCUCCCGCAGUCGACUCGCUCCCCCGUCCUGCAGUACACUUUCCCCGCCCCGUACAGCCACCUCACACUCACAGGCCGAUCCCGCGCCGCAUGGCACACGUCCUUCGUCAUCCCCCAGCUCAACCUGCUCCUCGACGCGGGCCUCUGCGUCAACAGCUCGAGACCCAAGCACAUCUUCCUCACCCACGGACACUCCGACCACACCCUCCUAGCCUACGCGUUCGUCAACCGACACGACCCCCCGGACGUCUACUGCCCAGCCGGCAUGAAGCGCCUCUUCGACGACCACAUCCUCGCCACCGCCAUGAUGGACCUCGGCGGCCUCGACGCCGCGAGCGACGCCGACCAGCAGCGCCUGCCGGCCGCCACCGACUCGUCCGCCACCGACGCGGACGCGACACUGCCUCCGGAGCGAGCCGUCCCCCAGACGCACCGCACCCACGGCGUCCGGCACGGCGACGUCAUCUCCCUCCCGCGCCUCAAGGGCGUCACCGCCACCGUGUUUGACUGCCACCACACCGUCCCCUGCGUAGGCUACGUCUUCAGCUCCGUCUCGCACCGCCUCCGGCCCGAGUUUAGGUCCCUGCCGGGCGCGCGGCUCAGCGCCCUCCGCCAAUCCGGCGUGCAGCUCACCGAGCCGCACGAGGCGCCCAUCUUCGCCUUCCUGGGCGACACCACCGCCUCCGUCCUUGCUGCCGACCCGCCCUGGCUGCGGCGCGGCAUCGCCGUCGUCAUCACCGAGUGCAGCUUCCUGCACGACGAGCACGCCGCCCAGGCCGACAAGACCAAGCACACCAAGUGGACUGACUUGGAGCCCGUGGUGCGCAAGUGGCCGCGCACCACGUUUGUCUUGACCCAUUUCAGCAUGCGCUACUCGGAUCGCCAGGUUUGCGACUUUUUUGCUCGCUUGGCACAUGCGCCGAGCAACAUUGUCAUUUGGGCGGAUCCCGGCUGA